AGAGUCAUUUUCCGCCUCAACAUGUCGACCUCGGAGCACGAUACGUAUCUCCAGGACUUUUAUUCGUCUUUACAAUCGGACCAAGUGAACAAGAUUCUCGAGGUGCGCUCAACGCCUUGUACAGAUACACUGGCUAGCUUCCACACCAUCCGUGAGCAAAGAUCAUUUCGCUUGGAAGAAUUGGAUCAAGUCAAAGAUAUCAGCGAUACAGAACGCGUCGUGGUUGUUAUUGAGAACAUUGAUCAAUCUUGGAUCGCUAAGCUAGGCACCCUUUGGGGAAUCCACCACUCUUUCUUUGCUAGACAUGGUUGCAAUCCCGAAGUGACAUCGACCAUCUGGCAAGCCAUUUUCGGAAACACUGUCGCAGAGCAGAAACCCCCAACUUUAGAGAAAACCUCAACACACUCUCAAUGGCACAUCGACGGAUUUUAUGGACAUAACAGCCACUCGCCCUUGUUUGCGGAUAGCCUCAGUGCUACCAACUGGAUUCCUCGACUCCUGAGCUGGGACAAGAAGUAUGGUUGGCAAGCCAGCACACGUGUGUCCUGUUACGUGAGGCAUGACUUGCCCCGACCAUUGUACCUGUUUCUCAUCGAUAGUCCGCUAUCUCGAGCAAGAGCCGGUGCAGUGGGGAAGCAGGCAGAGAUGACGCUCCAUCUGCCACUUGCUGGAAACCGUGGCGGUCUAGUCAUUCCAAGUCUCCACGAAACUGGCAGCCAAGCUCUCCACGAGUCACUAAAGCGGUUUCUAUCCCAUGCUUGGCACUUCGACGUCCUGUUCGCAAGCGAGAGGUGUUUGUCGCCCAAGAUCUUUNUUUAUCUAUUGGCGUCAUCGUUGUUCGAAGACAACCUGCGUUCUAUCGACGGACGAAUCAGAGACAUUUCGUUCAAUCAGAUCAGACGGCCCAGUAUAAAGAUCAAUGACAGCCUUCACGACCUUCGAGAAGCGCUUGUCUCUCUGCAGGAUCAGGUAACCAGGACCAUCAAGUGGUUGCCUUCAUCUGUGCAGCAAGAUCUUGAAUCUGUUCAGAGCAAGCUCAAGGUCACCGACCUCUGGGAGAAGUCAGGAGCUCAACCGUAUGUAGGCUUUCCCAGCAAAACCUUGCCGGAUAUACUCGAACGCUGUAUCCAUCUUGAGGACUUCUUGAUGCAAUCGUUCCAACUACUUGUUAGUUCAACAAGUGUCAUGAACGCCGAAUCAGAGAAGGAGCAGUCAAGUCGAAAUCGGUCACUAACACAGUUGGCUUUCGUGUACGUGCCGCUGUCAUUCGUGACAGGAGUCUUCGGAAUGAACAUCAAAGAAAUCAACGGGUCUCCACUGUCUGUGUGGGUGGUGUUCGGCACACUUGCCAUCACCAUAGUGUGCACAGCCGCCAUCUUCGUAGUCAUUCGAGUAUGGAAANAAUACUCGGAUGAACACAAGGAUGAGUCGUAG